AUGGCGAAGAUGAAGGAGGCUAUGCUAGCCAAGCAUUGGGAUGCAAAAGUUGCCCUGGCCGAGAAGAAAGAGAAGCACAAGGAGGAGAAAUGGAAAAGGAGGUGUGCCUUCAAGGAGUGCAAGAUCUUCCUAGAGGAGCAAAAGAGGAAGGACGAGAGGACCGUCGAGGAGGACCGGUUCAUGAUGAUGAACCUGGAGGGCAUGGAUGCAAUGGCAAGAGAAUUUUGGGAGAUGAAAAGAAUGGAGAUCAUGCUCUGGAGGAAGAUGGAGCUCCAAAAUCUUAUGGCCGGUGGUGGUGUUGGCUUUAGAGGGGGCUUUUCUUUCGGCAAUGGCGGUGGUGGCUUCGGCAUGGGUGGAGGAGGUGGCUUCAGCAUGGUUGGUGGUGGUGGCUUCGGCAUGGGUGGAGGAGGUGGCUUCAGCAUGGUUGGUGGUGGUGGCUUCAACAUAGGUGGCUUCAGCAUGGGUGGUGGGGGCGGUGAUGGUGGCUUCGGCAUGGGAGGCGGUGCCUCGACAAGCCAAGUGAAUGGUGGUGAUGGAGGUGAUGGUGGUCGUGCUCAAUCUCCGGUCCAAGUGAAUGAUGAUGAUGGUGGUGGUGCGAGCUCUCCGGUCAAUUUGGAUGAUGGUGAUGGAGGUGCUAGGGGUGGUGCUGGUGGCGACGUUCUUCGCAACAUUGAGAAUGUUGCUUGA